AUGCUGUGUCGAUUUAUUCUCGCCUUGGCGACAUUUUCGACUUUCUCGGGUACAGUCAAUGGUGUGCGCCUCAGUGAUGGACGUGCACACGCGAAUAUGGCCCCUCUUGGCGUCCCUCCAAAGGUAUCCCUCGGCGACAUCGAUGUAAACGCACCGGUAACAAGCCGAAAUGGGACACAGCUCACGCCAUACAAUACGACUUACUUUUUUGAUCAGCUCAUAGACCAUAAUAAUGCUAGCCUUGGAGAAUCAAAUGCUGAUCCUUACAACGGAUAUCUUACCAAUAGGACUAUUGAUGGACUCAUUUCCCAACAGCAAAACGGUUCCACAAUCGUCCUCGAACAUCGGUACUACGGACUAUCGAAUCCUUUUGAUGAUCUGAGUGUCGCCAGUCUCAAGUAUCACACCAUUCAACAGGCUAUUGAUGACCUUGUUUAUUUUGCAAAAAACGUUAAUUUACCGAUGCCUGGUGGAGAUGAAGUCACGCCGGACAAAGCUCCAUGGGUACUAACUGGGGGGAGUUACAGCGGUGCACUGACGGGCUGGACUAUGGUCAAUAAACCAGACGUAUUCUUCGCUGGAUACGCCUCCUCAGCCACCGUAGAGUCCAUCGUCUAUUUCUGGCAAUACUUUGACCCUAUCCGGCAGUUCAUGCCAGCGAAUUGCUCUGCUGACGUUCAAGCUGUCAUUGAACAUAUAGAUCAGGUCUUUACAAACGGAUCAACAGCCGAGAUUGCAAACAUAAAGAGUAACUUUGGGUUAGGGAACUUGAGCCACGUGGAUGAUGUCGCUGGAGCUUCGCGGAAUAACCUGUGGGAUUGGCAAUCAUUAUCGCCGACAUCUGGGCCAGGAACACGCUUCUUUAACUUUUGCGACGCACUCGAAGUGAAAGAUGGUGUCUCUGCCGGUUCGGAAGGCUGGGGAGCCGACCAUGCACUUCAAGCUUGGGGAGCGUUCUGGAACGAGACGUAUUACAAUUUACUUUGUGGAAGUUUGGAUGCAGAGACGUGCCUGGGGACCUACGACCCAACUCUGGAUUAUCUCACGGAUACGACGUCGGUUUUGCAUGUUCCGUGUCCGCUUGCAGUUGGAACUUACAGUGGCUAUCUUGCAGAAUCGAUAAUGCCAAUCGCUCAUGGAUGUGGAUACUGUAACCAAGUCGGCUUCUUCCAAGACGGAGCUCCGGAUGGCACCCCGAGCCUUGUUUCGAGGCUCAUGCUACCGGCGUACGAUGAGCGCCAAUGCACGCACUGGUUCCCAGAAGCAUUCAGUGAGCCGCCCACCCCGAAUGUAGCGUCGACGAACGAAACGUAUGGCGGUUGGGACUUGACGGUUAAUAGGUUGUUCUUUGCGAAUGGGAAGCGUGACCCUUGGCGCGAUGCCACCGUCUCUUCUGACUUCCACACCCGAGAGAGCACAGAAUCACAACCCAUCAUGGUAAGCGACGGAUUCCAUACCAAUGAUCUCAUUACUGCAGCAGGAAUGGCGGACGACACGAUCGCAAGUGUGCAGGAGGAAGCUCUGGCAAAGAUGAAGGAGUGGUUAGCUACUUGGAAUAGUACAAUCGACCGAUCGAGAUCGAGUCAUGCCCUCGACCCCGGAUCUUGUGAACUCCAUAGUCCGCAGCAUAGCGACGGUACCGCCACCGUAUUGUUCUCCGUGCACCUGAUAGAGAUGGAUAUGCGAUACGCUGCACAGCGUGGCUAG